AAAUUAAAAAUUAUGGAUAAUAAUAAUCUUUUACCAAAAUUAUUUCAAAAUUUACUUGAAAUUUUAAAUGAUGAUGAAUAUUAUGAUGUUACUAUUGAAGUUGGUAAUGAUCCUUAUAUAAAGAUAUUUCGUGCUCAUAUGGUUAUCUUACAUUAUCGUUCCACGUAUCUACGAAGAAUGUUGUCAACAAAUAAAAAGAAUAAUGAUGGGACUUUGGUUCAUAUAAAAUUACCAAAUAUUUUACCUGAAAUUUUUCAAAUAAUCUUAAGAUAUAUUUAUAGUGGAAGAAUUUCCUUGGAGGAAUAUGAUACUUCGGAUAUAAUUAAAAUCUUGAUUGCCGGAAGUGAACUUGGACUUCAAGAACUAAUCACUUAUAUACAAUCCUUCUUGAUUAAAACUAAGGCAAAUUGGAUGGAACAAAAUUUUAAUUUGAUAUAUCAAACAUGCUUUGAGAACGAUUCUUUCUUGGAACUUCAAAAUUUUUGUACUAAUUUAACCUCCGAAGAGCCAGCUAAGAUAUUCAAAUCUCUAAAUUUUGCUUCAAUUCCAGAAAAACUUUUGAUCACAAUUAUUCAAAGUGAUAAUCUUCAAAUGGAAGAAAUUCAAGUAUGGAAUCAUGUGCUUAAAUGGGGACUUGCUCAAAAUCUAGAACUUUCUUCGGAUCCUGCAAAUUUUUCAAAAGAAGAUUUUUAUACUUUGAAAAAUAGUUUACAUAAUUGUAUUCCAUUUAUUAGAUUCUAUAAUUUAACUUCUGAUGAAUUUUCAAAAGAAAUAUUACCUUAUAAAAAGGUUUUGCCAAAAGAAUUAUAUAAAGAUUUAUUGAAAUAUUUUUUGGAUUCUAACAACCAAUCAAUUAAACAAUCAAAACCUCGUAUGACUAAGAAAAAUAAUAUUGAUUCCAGAAUCAUUACAACUCAACAUGCUGAAUUAAUCUCGAAAUGGAUCGAUAGAUUAAAAAUUACGGAUGAAAUAGAGACUGCGUACAAAUUCCAAUUGUUAUUUCGUGGAUCUCGUGAUGGAUUUACAGCUAAAAAGUUUCAUGAAAUCUGUGAUUAUCAGUCUAAUACUAUAACAAUUGUUAAAGUGAAAGAUAGUACUGAAAUUCUUGGGGGAUAUAAUCCAAUUGAAUGGAAUUCUGAUUGUUGUUAUCGUGCUACUAAAGAUAGUUUUAUAUUCUCUUUUAGGAAUAGCGAUGAUAUUGAAAGUUAUAUUUUAAGUCGCGUAAAAAAUGAACAACGUGCCAUAUUUAACUCUAGUGGUUUUGGUCCAUCUUUUGAUUAUGGCCUUAUUUUAAUUAAUGACUCUGGUUUAUGUGGUAAAAAUUAUUACGAAAAUCAAAUCAGAGAAACUGAAGAUGGUUUUUAUGUGGAAGAAUAUGAACAUAUGAAAAAUAAUAAAUUAUUACCACAAAAUUUACUAAUGAUAGAGUAUUACGAUAUUACUAUUGAAAUUGGAAAUGAUCCUUAUGUAAAGUUUUUUCGUGCUCAUAUGGUUAUCUUACAAUAUCGUUCUACUUAUUUACAAAAAAUUUUGACAACUAAUAAGAGGAAAAAUGAUGGAACUUUGGUACAUAUAAAAUUACCAAAUAUUUCACCUGAGGUCAGACUUGCUCAAAAUCCAGAACUUCCUUCUGAUCCCGCAAAUUUUUCAAAGGAAGAUUUUGAUAAUUUAAGAAAUAACUUACAAAAUUGUAUUCCACAUAUUAGAUUCUAUAAUUUAUCUUCUAAUGAAUUUUCAAACGAAGUAUUACCUUAUAAUAAAAUUUUACCUGAAGAAUUAUAUGAAGAACUACUAGAAUAUUUUUUGUAUUCUAACAACCAAUCAAUUAAACAAUCAAUACCUCGUAUGGCUACUAAGAAAAAUAAUAUUGUUUCCAAAAUCAUUACAACUCAACAUACUGAAUUAAAUAUUAAUCUCGAAACCGAUAGAUUAAAAAUUAUGGAUGUUAGUAAUUAA